AUGUGUUCAACCUUUAGUCUAGAUGAUCCUCAAUCUUUGCCACCAUCUUCAACGCCCCCUUCUUCGACUCCUGCUCAUCGAAGCAUGCAGACUGACAAGAUAUCAGGACUAGUGAUUUCUCCAACUCCUCAUCUUUUGAAUCUUUCAAUGCCUCGUAUCCCUGGAACUCUUAAUUCUAAUCCAGGAACGAGUCCGAGAUUAGCCCCAACAAUGCGUUCGACGCCAGGUCGCAUUAACCGCAGGCAGACCGGUACCGAAACUGUCUGCCUCCAAAACCAGCAGCAACAACCCCAGCCUAUUAGUUCUUCGGCCACUUCUCGGCAAUUUAUUGGACAUUCAUCUAUUUCCUCAUCAAACGUCCAUGAUUCACAAGCAUGGCACUCGAAUGAGGUUAGAAGACCAAGUUUAAUGACUUCAAUCGUGGGUUUGGUCAACGGCGUUGGUCACACUGGCUCAACUGAUUCAGCCUAUUCUCGUAUUACUUAUACUGAUUCCACUCUCAAUCCUGUUAUUCGGUCUACCUCCAAAGCCCCCAAUUUCUUCCUCCAUUCACAUCGUUCUCAACCCAUAGAACCACAGCCACAGCCACUUCAACCUCCCACUAUCCAAACGUCUAGCAGCGUUUUCUCUAGUGGAAUCGGCCCAAACUCGUCAUGGGGUGGCACUGGUGCUAGCAAUACAUCAGGCCGUCGGCUGAAGCUACGCAGUCUAGAGCCGGCCCCUUUAGUUAUUCGUUUGCUUGACCUUAUUAGGCAAUUAUCCGAGAGGAUCACUUGCCCAGCCCUUGCGCUUCGUCAUCUCGAGGCCAGUCUUCAGCACGUAUAUCGCCAGGCCCAGGUGCUCGCCUGUCUACUUUCCCUUGAAGGAGACGAGUUACUAGACCAUCUUGACAGAAUGACUUUGGCUGCUGGGUAA